UAUUUGCAUUUGAGGCUCUCGAAGUUUGCUCCCCUCCCCGCCUUCACCAUUGCUGAGGGAGAUCGAGAUCUGCUCUCUCUCUCUAAAAAAAAAAACACAAUUGAAAGAAAGAGGUAAUGGCAAAAAUGGAGGAGAAGAGGACGGCGGCGUGGUGCGUCGUCGUCUUUGUACUCGUAGCGUGCUGUGCGACGCCGGCGAGAUCGGAUGCAUCGGAUCACAAGUACAAGGCCGGAGAUGCUGUCCCUCUCUACGCCAACAAGGUCGGGCCAUUUCACAACCCUAGUGAAACAUACCGCUAUUUUGAUCUCCCCUUCUGUCUUCCAGAGCAUGUGAAAGAGAAAAAGGAAGCCCUUGGUGAAGUCUUGAAUGGCGAUCGUUUGGUCAGUGCCCCUUACAAGCUUGACUUUAUGUAUGACAAGGACUCGGAAAUAGUUUGCAAGAGGACACUGUCACAGAAAGAAGUUGCACAAUUCCGUGAUGCUGUUGCCAAGGAUUACUACUUCCAAAUGUACUAUGAUGACCUUCCCAUUUGGGGUUUUCUUGGAAAGGUUGAAAAGGAUGGAAAAUCUGACCCCAGCGAAUUCAAAUAUUAUCUAUUCAAACAUCUUCAUUUUGAGAUCUUUUACAACAAUGAUCGUGUGGUUGAGAUCAAUGCACGGACUGAUCCUAAUGCCCUUGUUGACAUUACUGAGGACAAAGAAGUUGACGUAGACUUCAUGUAUUCUGUGAAAUGGAAGGAAACAAAUACUCCUUUUGAGAAGAGAAUGGAGAAGUACUCCCAGUCUUCAUCAUUGCCACACCACUUGGAAAUUCAUUGGUUUUCAAUAAUCAAUUCCUGUGUGACGGUUCUCCUCCUGACUGGUUUUCUGGCUACUAUUCUUAUGCGGGUCCUUAAGAAUGAUUUUGUGAAGUAUGCUCAUGAUGAGGAAGCUGCUGAUGACCAAGAAGAAACAGGGUGGAAAUACAUCCAUGGUGAUGUUUUCAGGUAUCCGAAGUACAAAUCUUUGCUGGCUGCAGCCCUGGGUUCUGGUACUCAGUUAUUUACCCUGGCAAUCUUUAUUUUCAUUCUGGCACUGGUUGGUGUAUUCUAUCCUUAUAAUCGGGGAGCGUUGUUCACUGCCUUGGUCGUCAUAUAUGCUCUCACAUCAGGGAUUGCUGGUUACACUGCUUCCUCUUUUUAUUGCCAACUAGAAGGAUCAAACUGGGUGAGGAACUUGUUAUUAACUGGAGCAUUGUUUUGUGGACCACUGUUUCUCACGUUCUGUUUCCUGAACACUGUAGCCAUUGCUUACAGUGCCACAGCAGCGCUGCCCUUUGGUACCAUUGUGGUUAUCUUUUUAAUAUGGGCUCUUGUUACAUCACCAUUGCUGGUCUUGGGAGGGAUUGCUGGAAAGAAUAGCAAGGCAGAGUUUCAAGCUCCUUGCCGAACUACUAAAUACCCAAGAGAAAUCCCACCAUUACCUUGGUACCGUGGAGCCCUUCCUCAGAUGGCAAUGGCUGGAUUUUUGCCUUUCAGUGCCAUAUAUAUUGAGCUAUACUAUAUAUUUGCAAGUGUUUGGGGUCACAGGAUAUACACAAUCUACAGCAUCUUAUUUAUAGUCUUCAUUAUUUUGCUGAUUGUUACUGCUUUUAUUACUGUGGCAUUGACAUACUUUCAACUUGCUGCUGAAGACCAUGAAUGGUGGUGGAGAUCUUUCCUUUGUGGUGGAUCAACUGGGCUAUUCAUAUAUGGGUACUGCUUGUACUACUACUAUGCACGUUCAGAUAUGUCAGGCUUCAUGCAAACCUCGUUCUUCUUUGGGUACAUGGCCUGCAUCUGCUAUGGUUUCUUCCUAAUGCUUGGGACUGUUGGUUUCCGAGCAGCCCUGUUUUUCGUCCGUCAUAUUUACCACUCAAUCAAAUGUGAGUAAUAAGUUGAUUGGGUGAUGUUCUACUCCUUAUGCGGCCAUGCUUUGUUAGGGCAAUUGGGUAUCUAGGAGACCAUUUUAGAAUGUAGGAUUUUUUGAGAGGAAGUUUGUAUUAUUUUGAUAUAUGGCACUCUAAAGAACCUAUUUUCUCAUUUUGCAAUUACAGCACAUCACAGCUUAAUAGUGUUCAACUUGUAGUGUUAGUUUUUGCUAAUAUCCAAAAUGGAGACAACAUUCAAAUAUAUAGGAAAACGUGGAUGUUUGCUUACUAUA